GGAGUGGAGUGGAGAAAGAGGAUCAGAGAAGGGAGCAUUCAUUCAUGCUUUGCCUCUAGCUGUUAGAAGUCCAGUCGAACGAAUGGUAUAGGUUCGCGUAGCACGAAAGUUGAAUCGCGUCGCGAUACGUAAAUGUAGGACGCGCGCAGGACAGAAAUAUAGAAGAGAGAACGUGGAGGAGUAAGGCAAGGCCACGAGAAAGAACAAGUGCGGGUUGUACCGUGAGUAACGAUACGGUUAGAGGAGAGGAAUUUUUGAGUGCCCUACGCUGGAUACACGAUUCUCAACGGAACGAACGCGUACCAUUUCAUCGACGCUAAACACGAGGAGAUCGAGACUGUCCGCGUCGAAGACAAGACCACAUUAACCGUGAAAGCAACAUCGAUCGGCAACGCUCGGACCAGCUUGCACGCUAAUAUUGUAUCUAAUAUACGUGGAAAGAUGCAAUAAUUGAAGGAAUUCGCUACCCCCGAACGAUCGGCAGCCUUUCUUAUUCGCUCAAGAUCCGACAAUAUCCGAGUACAUAUUGCCUUUAGGAUGACUGCAACGUAGAAACCACGCGCCUGCGAGUCACUCGUCCUCCUUGACUAUGUUGUGCUCCGAUACGCGACGUAAAGUGUUCCCGAUGAAUCCCAACGAUUCGUACUCCGUGUUACACGCUCCGUUAUACGUGCAUUCUUUCCUGUAACUUCCGAAUGCUCGUCAACGUUACCGAUUUUGUCUCUAUCUUCGAACGUAUCCAGCAACUUUCGACGCUCGUGAAACCAGCUACUUUUUAUCCUUUCUAUCGAGCGACCAAAGAAGAACAAUAGUGCGCGCGCGCGCGCGCGCCAAACGAUGGCCGAUUCGAUGUGUUUGUUAUUGGCGAUGUUUGGACAGUUGUUCGUUCGUGGAAUCGAAGGUAGCCUUCUCGGCGUAGAACUCGAUGAAAGGGGCCAAGAGUUUCUCAACGAAUAUUUGUCUCUAGACGAAGACAAAUACAUCACCGAGUUGCACAACUUUCAAGACACAGCGAUCGAGAUCGACUUGAUUGACCAAAAAAAGAAGUAUCGACCUGUGCAUCAGCCACCUAGAGUUCUUUAUCAAAUCGGGGACAGCGAGGAGGAGUUGCCUGAAUGUUCGGACAGAAGCGAAGUUUGCAGCAAGGUGGAUUUAUAUGGGUCGCCAUGGGUCGAGAGGCAGUGUCGUUGCCCGGAUGGUCGUACCUGUCCUAGCAGCUUGCACGGGGACGACGGGCAUACGAUAGUCGAUAAAACACGCCAGUACAAGCUCUGCGAGCCAGUGAAACGUCUUCCCAUCUGUCGUUACUUCAAGGACGUCACGUGGACUCUAGCUCCUGGAGGGGGGCCAGCAAACGCGACGGUUCAGCGAGUUUACUGUCGUUGUCGACCGGCCAGCGUACCCUAUCUAGUUCGAAGACAGCCAUUCAGGUCUCCCGAGGGAAAUCCAGGAUUUAUUUAUGCGUUUGCGUGCUCUCCGCAAAGCAGGCUGCGUUGUCAACGCAAGGAACCCUGUCGACUGUUCACGGUACGAAAAAGACGGAGCUCGCAGCUCGAGGAGGUGAACGCGUCGCCUCUUUGCCAGUGUCCAAAGGGUCAUCGGUGUCCCAGACGUCACACGGAUCCGGGAUCGCUUCCGGCUAGAUCGUAUUCCGGCGUUUUGGAAAUCAAAACUUACAGUGGUUAUUGCGUGCCUUCGCAACCGCAUCGGAACGAUGCGGUUUACACCGUAUGAGACCCCAGUCUUUGCUAGCCGCAUCGACGCGAUCGAGUCUUGGAUCGAAGAUAUAGACAAACGAUGCGGGAAACGCGGAAACCGAUUAAAAAACACGACCGUGAAUCAGCGACGAAUGCGACGGAUUUAUUCAGAAAUGUCCUACGAUUUACCCAACUUUCAUACUCUCAUCUAAUCGUAACGAAACAUAGUAAUCAAGAAUGAGUUAUUUUUAAGAAAUUAUUGUUGGAACAGAUUCUGUUCAACAUGAACAAGAGUCACGUCGCAUAAUACUCGAACCAGGCCUAUCGACGAGAGGGGGCCCUCGCGCCAUAUAGUCUCCCACCAUCGAUGUUACUUGUAACAGACGGGUGUAGUUUAGAAAAUGUCGCGUGUCACUGUCAACAGUUUUGUCAUAAGACGACCGAGGUGGUAUCUCUGACAAAAAAGAGGAGUAUCUCUAGAAUUGCGUAGGGAGGAUAACAAUUUCUCUUUUCUUGUCAGGUAAUGUUCGAGUCUAGUUUUAGACAAAAAUACAAAAAAUAUGUUAUCUUGCACGUGAGAAUUUCGCUGCGAAGUCCCGAAUUUGAUGAAAUUCAACCGUGCAUUACUAUAUAUUGUCAUUUUUUUUUUAGAAAUUUACUCUUCUGCAGCUGUGUCUGCGCCGAUACAACCGCGUCUACACCGUAUUUCGACCUCUACGCUCAUAACGAAACUAUCUGUAAAUUCCCUUUCACGUUACAUUAUUACACCUACGUAUCGUUACUCUUGUAAAUAUUUCAUUUCCGAAAGUAGCGGAAUAAUCUCGAUACGAUAAAUAUGAACAAC